GAUUUUGCCUUAUUUUCCAGGUUUGAUAUUAUUGGGCUUUCACCAGAUUCACAGGAGGAUGAACCUGGAAUUAAACAUGCAGCAGAAUAUGUAAAAACUUUGAUAGACCAAGAGGUGAAGAAUGGCAUUCCUUCAGACAGAAUUAUUUUGGGAGGAUUUUCUCAGGGAGGAGCUUUAUCUUUAUACACUGCUCUGACCACACAGCAGAAACUGGCAGGUGUCACUGCGCUCAGUUGCUGGCUUCCACUUCGGUCUUCAUUUCCACAGGGUCCUAUCAGUGGUGUUAAUAGAGAUAUUUCUAUUCUUCAGUGCCAUGGAGAUUCUGAUCCUUUAGUUCCUCUAAUGUUUGGUUCUCUUACUGCUGAAAAGCUAAAAACAUUGGUAAAUCCAGCCAAUGUAACCUUCAAAGUCUAUGAAGGCAUGAUGCAUAGUUCAUGUCCACAGGAAAUGGUGGAUAUCAGGCAAUUCAUCGAUAAAAUCCUACCUCCAGUUGAUUGACAUCACUAAGGCGCCUUUGUGUAGAAGUACACACCAGCAUCGUUGUAGUAGAGUAUAAACCUCUUCCUGUGCCGGAUCUUGAAAGUUAUAAUGUUUGCAAUGUUAAAAUCUUUUGCAAUUACACACCAAUGACACAGUCUAAAUAAUAUCUCCUUGUGGAAAAUUUAUGAUCUUGAAGGUUUCAAUACAUGAAUUUGUGUUAACAUGAUCCAGAAUAUACUAGCAUUAGCAUAGGUGAAGCAGCUAGCUUCUUUCCCCCCAAAUGUAAUUCGGCAAAAUAAUAAAAUACUACAUCCAGAUUUUUCUAUUACAUCAUUUGAAAAUUAUUAGUCUGCUUAAUGAAAACUUGUUCGGGGAUAAAUGAGCAGUUAAGAUAUAAACUAUUUAUGAAUGCUGUGACUUAGUCUGUGGACUUACUCCAAAAUUACUUAGUCACCAUGCAGUAUGUGUAUUUUUUAUAUUUGUAUUCAGAUAUACUUAAUGAUUAUAAUACAUAAAAAGAAUGAGGUGUAACUACAUUAUUCCUAAUAAUAGGGAUAUUGCUUCUAAGUGUCAAUAAAGAGUAACAUUGCUCUCUUCAA